AUGGACAGUGAGUUGCCUAAUUGUGUCUUAUCUAUUAUAUUUUCCAAGUUAAAUUUGAAGGAUCAGUUCAAAACUUGCACGUUGUCCAAACAUUGGCGAAACCAAUGGAUGUUAUCAUCGACAAACCACAACUUUGAUCUCUAUAACACAUUUCGCUGUAAUACACUACCAAAUGACAUUCCACUAUUUCAAAUCCUCCGAUCUCAAUUUACAGCAAGGUUGGAUCAAUUCGUUUUAAACUAUCAACACGCCACGGUCACUUCAAUACGAGUAAAAUUUCCAUUGGGUGAUGAACACACUGAUGUCAUUGGUAGAUUGAUUUCUCAUGCGAUCGCUAAGGGUGUCAAACAUAUUGAACUAUUAUUCUCGCAUGAAUCUAGUGAUACUGAUUUUAUUGUGAGAAUAAUACCUUAUAGAUUUUCCUUUUCUCUCUUAUUUAACUCUGAUUCUCUAACCUAUCUGCACCUCGAGAACUGCAUCCUGGAAACACCUAUGGAAUUCUAUGGAUUGAAGAAUCUGACAACUCUUGUCUUGCAACUAGUUAUUGUGAAGCAGAAUCUGCUUGAGGACCUGUUUUCCAACUGCAUGCAUCUCGUAGACCUGACCCUUGAUAAAUGUGACUUAUUAUUUGUAGACACAAUAAUUAGUCAAAUACUGUCUCAUUUGAAAAUUGUUUGCCGCACUAAGUAUAUGAAGGUGAUUAGUAUCAUCACACCAAAUCUCUCUUCUCUUGAAUAUUUUUGUCAUCAUAGCCAUUCAAUAAACCUUAAGGCUCAUAUGUUAUCCCACUUUAUCUACAGUAGUAGCAUGAUGGGAUUUGUUGAUAUGUCUAGCUUAAAAAACGUGACAACAGUUGUGUUGGAUGGAAUUCGAUUUCUCCAAAUUUGGUUCUUGCCAUAUUUGUUUCAACAUUGUCUCCAACUUGAAUCCGUUACCCUUAAAAACUGCCCAAUGGUUGAUGAAAUGGAAAUUAACAGUACAACAUUGCGUCAUCUGAAAAUAUUUGACUGCUGCUCUGGGAGAUCUGCUCUUUAUAAGAUAUCUGUUGAUUCAAAGAAUCUCUCAUCCUUUGAAUAUUGCGGUCACACCCCGAGAAAAUUUUCUGUUAUUGCACCAAAGUUAUCCAAGGUCUUUUGGAAUGCAGCUGUAAGGGAAAAAAAUCGAAAUUCCUUUUCGAUUCCAAAAUUAAAAGAGAAAAAUCUAAAUUCCUUGGGCCCAAUUCCAAAGUUAAGUCAGAUUGAGAAUCUAGCUAUAAUCAUGGGUCAUUCGCAGAUAUCAAGACUAAAGGUUUUGGGUAGAUUCCAAAAUCUAAGAGAAUUGGAGUUAUUUAUCGAAGAAGCGUAUUAUCCUUUUAAGGAAAACUUUUCCAUUUUAGACGUUUUAACAGCUUCUCAACAUCUUCAAAAGUUUUCUCUGACGGUUAGAGUUUCAAGUUGGGUUGGAUUUCAAAUUCAAAGAAAAAAUGCAGAGUUUUUUCACAAUGAAUUGGAAUAUGUUGAGCUACACGGUGGUGUAUGCACCACAAAUGCAAUUGAGUUGGCUAGGAACCUAAUGAAAAAUGUGAAUUCCCUAAGGAAAAUUACUUUCAGCCCUCUUGACAAAUUUUAUAUAGGUGCUGGUAGAUGGACUAAAGGCUCCGAUAGUUAUUGGUUUGAUCGUAAUUUUAUUUAUGAGAGUCUUAGAAAGGAAGUAAAAGAACAAUGUGAGCUUAUCAUUUUGUAG